UGGUUACUUGGUAAUGGAAAUGGAAAAGCUAGUAAAAAGAAGAAGAAAGAAAUAGCAGCAGCUACCCGUAUUCAUUAUGCAAAUAGCAUGGACUGGCUGUUAUGCCCUGAUUGUUAAUUGAAAUACCAAAAAGAUAGCAAAUUAACCAACAUUAGGAGGAAAUUAUUCUUUCUUUAACACUUUGUCAUCGAGCUAAUUCCCAACAUUUUUCUUCUUUAGUCUUGUUUAUUCAACCAAACAGUCAAAACUACCAUUCCUGUAUGAAAAACACCACCUAAACCUCCUCCUUCAGCUAAACAAGUUCUAGAUAUUGCAAUCCUCGAUGAUCAUUCCAAGCCUUUAUCGUAUCUAACCAUUUCAAUCUUUUCAAGAAGCAUACAGAUAAUAGUUAGCAAGUGUGUGGCUAGAGGGGUCACCACUACUCACUAUGGCACUCGUGAUCUACUGGUAUGAUUACAUUUGUUUUGGCAUUGUUGCAGUGUCCUUCAUUUGCUCUUUAUGGGUGCUAUGGAGGAAGGAACUUGCCUCGGAAAAGGACUCUACCACCAUAUAUGAGAGCCUCUUGGUGGCUCGACCUGAUACUGAUGGGUUUGUAGAUGCUAUGCCUAGAAACCAUGUUGGCUCCUCCCAAUUAUGGACCAGUUGUUGGAAAGGACUUCACCCGGGUUGGCUGCUAGCUACUCGUUUCAUCUCCUUUUUAGUCAUGGGUGGAUUUCUACUCUGGGAUAUCUCUGACUGGGGUGCUACCAUCUUCAUGUACUACACUGAGUGGACAUUUGUUUUAGUAAUGGUGUAUUUUGCGCUCUCCACUGUCACAUCUGGAUAUGGAUGUUGGAUAUCCUCAAGAUCUGAAAAUGGGGAAACUGCUGAGCCUUUGAGAAGAGGUAUGGAAUAUGUUGAAGUUACAAACUCUGUAACUUACAGGGUGCAAGGAACUAAGGGAACUAUCAAGUUGCAAAGUCAUUAUGCUCAAGAGGCGUUUAGGCUAAGAGCUGGAUUUUGGGGAUAUCUUAUGCAAUCUAUUUACCAGACUUGUGCAGGUGCUGUCGUCCUAACAGACGUCAUUUUUUGGGGUAUUAUAGUCCCAUUUGGAUCAAAUGCACGUCUUGGACUGAAUGUGCUGAUGGGUUGUAUGCACACUCUGAAUGCUGUUUUCCUUUUUCUGGAAACUAGUUUGAAUGACCUUCCAUUCCCUUGGUUUCGGCUAGCAUAUUUUGUGCAAUGGAGUUGCCUGUAUGUUGUUUUCCAAUGGGUGAUUCAUGCCUGUGGUUUUACAUGGUGGCCAUACCCAUUCCUCGACCUGGACAUACCAUGGGCUCCAAUAUGGUAUUUUGUCCUUGCUUUGGUGCACAUACCUUGUUAUGGAAUAUAUUCAUUGAUCGUCAAAGCGAAAAAUUCCAUUUUCCCCAAAUGGUUUCCUCAUGCUUUUGUGAGGUCAUACUAAUCUUUCAUUCUUAAAACUAGCUGCUGCUAGAACUGGUGCUUUGAGUUUGAUUGCCUGCUUAUGUGAACAUUAAAGGAGGAUUUACUUAUACAUGUAGCAGAAUUUAUCGUUUGCAUGCCUUGUUCCAAAUUUUACAGUUGAAGGAAGUGCCCACGCAUUUGUCAUACCGAAGCUGCAGUGCUUUAGUUUAUUGUGUAUCAGUUCUUUUUUCCUUUCUUUUAGACAAAAAAAGAAGAACACAAUUUUUGCCA